UUUAAAGUUUUUUGAGGUAAACAAACCCAAAAUACGUAAAUACUUCAGUGUUUUCAAAGGAAAGCAAGCCAAUAUAGGCAACAACUCAAGACACCGCCAGAAAAAAGUGUCGUCCAUGGCAGAACUUUCAGGACAAAACCUGAGCACCAGCAUGUGCGACAUAGAGGAGGAUAACGAUAUGUCGGCAUCGCUGCUUAACCACAACGUGAGCUUUAGCAGCACCAUGGUCACGUCAAGCAUGGAUAUGUCGAUGCCCAAGCUGAGUAUAACACUCUCGGAUGCUGAGAAACUAAAACUAAAGCUACAAGCAGAAAACGCGUCUGUAAACACAACCAAAGCUAUGGGGACGAGCCUUUUGGAGGAGAUCUCGCUGGCAGACGAUGACGAGGACGAGGCAGAUGAGAGUGAUCGCAUCAUUGCCAUAGAAGACACUUUCGAUGCCUCGACGGCAAAUAUGCCGGCGUCUGCAGAAGGGCGGGAUGCGCAGGCGGAAGAGUUAGUUGAGCCAGAGGCAGCUCCUUCUCCAAUUGAGUAUUUUCAAAGCAGAAUAAUCGAGUUGGGGCGGCGCUGCUGGACCUCGUCUGCAGAUGCACAGCACUAUACCAAAGGCUGCUACUGGUCCCCAGACGGAACGUGUCUUCUAGUGCCGGUGCAUCUUGACGGCAUGCAUGUUAUGGAGCUGCCCGCAGAUCUCUAUGCCACACCAACGAUGCAGACGACGACACGCGAUCUGUCGAAGCUUCAGUCUGCAGUGCACGUUCCGGAAGGAGGAACUGUCUACGACUGUGUAUGGUACCCACACAUGAACAGCCAGCAACCAGAAUCCUGUUUCUGGCUAGCCACGCGCCAACACGAACCGAUCCACAUGUGGGACGCCUUCGACGGGACGCUGCGGUGCAGCUACAGUGGGUACGACGCUGUUGACGAAGUCAUGGCAGCCAUCUCGCUGGGCUUCUCCGCCGAUGGGCAGCGGAUCUUUGCAGGCUACAAGCGCUGCAUAAAGAUUUUCGAUACGAACAGGCCCGGCCGAAUUUGCGACGAUUAUCCCGUAAAGUUCGCCAUCUCGUGCAUUGCGCAAACCAGCGAAAGUCCAAACACCUUGACCUGCGGCAACUGGCACGGCUACAUUCAACACUUUGACCUCCGCUGCAGCCCCAAGCAGGGCCCGCUCUUUACUCUAGGAGGCCACAAGGGCGGUAUCACCCAGCUGCGAUACGCCGAGGGUGCGCCCGGAGAGUGUUAUCUUUUCAGCGGAGCACGAAAAUGCAAUAAACUCUUGCAAUGGGACAUGCGAAACUACAAGGCACCGCUGGCCGAGUUCCAGCGUAACGUGGACACCAACCAACGCAUCCAGUUUGACUUCACGACAGGUCAUAGUUGGAUGCUCAGCGGCGACACGACAGGUGUUGUUAAUAUAUGGGAUCUUGGUGGUGACAAGGAAGCAACCUCACUUCCUCUGCACACUGAUUGCUGCAACGGAAUCGCCUUGAAUCCAACCCUACCGAUUAUGGCUACCGGUUCGGGACAGUAUCACUUUAUCGGUAGCGAUGUAGACGACGAUAUAACCAUGAACGGCACGGUAAUCGUAGACGAGGCACGAACGCCUCCAGAAGAGGAUAAGCUCCGGCCAAAUAAGGAAGUGCUUUAUGAGAACGCCGUAGUAAUGUGGUGGAUUGGCCCAAGUACUCCCAAUUGAAGACGAUUUAG